AUGCCUUAUCCCAAGUUUGCCCACACUGAAGAAGACCCCGAAGAGGUCGCCGAACGCGAGUUUGAGAAAAGAAACGCGGAUCUUGGUUUACCAGAUUCCCGCCCUGCCAGGAAGUCGCUCCCGGCCGCUCCUCAGCCAUCGCGUGGUCGAUUUGAUAUGGGCCUCGACGAGUAUAUUUUCGACGAAGACGUUGAUGAGCACACGGAAGACAUAGAGCAAGAUGUCUAUAAUGAGUUCUGCAAGCCUCCUAGAGGAUCCAAUUCCUCGCGAUCCAUGGGUUUCGGCUCGAUGGAGUCCGACAGUGAGGCCAGCAACGAUUCAGCAAAUGUCAAAACAAGGACUGAUCAGGUGACUCGUGUAAGAGACGUACUGCUUGCCUCGUUGUCUCCGAAUGAUGAUGGAUUCAGCGAGCAGUCGCUUGCUGAUUUAUUUUCUGAGGAGUACGAUGAAACUGGUCGUGUCAAGCUCCUUCACGACGCGGUUUCCUCCAUCUGCAACAAGAGAGCAGAAAUCGUAGAUGAUCCCAAAUUGGAGUAUCGUCUUGUGUCUGCCGUUGCUAGACUGAUGCAGCAGGGUCUUCUCAAAAGUUCUAGUGUUAUCAAUUAUGUUGAGUGUGCGCAGAAUAGGGAUCACGGUUGGGAACUUCUCAGUGCUGCGACUGUAAGCCGUCCCAAAGAUUGGAGUGCUAAAGCUCUCCUAGAGGCUGUGGAGAAGCUUGCUACGGAACUUGCUACGGAGUAUGAUACGAAGGAUGUUGCUGAGGACUUAUCCGGACGUGACGCUCCCUUUUUUCAUGCCAAUUUUGUUAGCCAAGUUGGUGUAAAAAUUGUUUUCGGUGGCAAAGAAUCUCAUUUUUGUUUGGACGCAAUCACGUCCAUGAAUAUGGAUGUCAUUUAUUUCGUAUCUACCGCUCUCAAGGAUUUCCUCAACCAUGGCACUCUAAGCCCAUGGGCUGUAAAUAUUGGUUUUGAGCGUUUCUUCAAGAACAUCCAUGCAGCUGAAAUGGAUCUCCCUGGUGCUACUUCACUUGCAACCAUGCUCAUGAGUUAUGCAGCGAAUGAUGUUGUAAUUAUCGAUGAAUCAACUGCUUCCACUUGCCCAAAGCCCACUCGCUUUAUCAAAGUCGGACCUCAGGGAAAACUCUCCGUGGUUGAGAAUGGACACGAGGAGUGCAACGAGAUGAACUACUUUAUUAUGAACCAGUAA